CUUGUGUCAGAUGUCAGUUUUCAGUUGAACGUAUUUUCUUGGUAUUUUCACUUUUCACGGUUUUUGUGUUUCAGGCAAAGCAAAGGAAAGGCGAUAAAGUUACAGACACUGAACAAAAUACAAACUACAGGCUUGUUAAUAUGUGUUUGAUCAACAAUACAAAUAUAUCAAUCAAGUGCGAGUAGCAGUAUUUUAUUUAUUGUAGGGCUUGCAUAAGUGAACGAUUUUCGUGCUCUCAUUUUAAAUUCAAGAAUUAAAGAUGGAUGAACUAUAUCCAGCAUUGUUCCAAUGUUUCACCAUAAUUUUGUGUGGGUAUUUAGCAGGUUCCUUCAAUUUGGUAUCACAGACAGAGUCCAAAGGUAUUGGUACAUUUGUUGGAACCUUUGCUCUCCCAUCCCUCAUAUUCUUAUCUUUGGCCAAGCUGGACUUCAGCACAGUUAACUGGACAUUCCUUGGAGCUAUCCUUCUGGCUAAAGGCAUCAUAUUCUUUGGAGUGAUUCUAGUCACUUUGAUUAUAUCCAAGCCAACAAACCUGGGGCGGUCAGGAAUAUUUGCAAUAUUUUGCACCCAAAGCAAUGAUUUUGCUUUGGGAUAUCCAAUAAUAAGUGCAAUUUACCAAGCCUCUCAUCCAGAAUAUGCUCUGUACUUGUAUUUGAUGGCACCAAUUUCCCUGGCUAUCCUCAACCCUGUGGCAUUUGUUCUGAUGGAGAUCCACAAGCAGAGGGAAAUAAGGGACAGUGCUCCUAUACAAAUCAUAGAUGAAAACCAGAGGAAGGCUGAUGUCUGCAAACUGAAGCUCAUCCGGCAGAUUGUGAAAGGAAUAGCUUUCAACCCUGUUCUGGUGAUGACAGUGCUCGGUAUAAUUGGCAACAUAUUGUUCAAACAUCAAUUGUCCAUCUACAUUGAGGGUUUACUGCAGGUAUUUGGCCAAGCUUUCUCUUCAACUGCCUUGUUUCUACUGGGUCUUCGGAUGGUUGGUCAAAUAUACAGGCUAAGGGGACCUGCAUUGCUGUUACCUUGUAUCCUGAUUAUGGUCAAACUCAUAAUCCUGCCGGUGGUGAUGCGCGAGUGCGUGAGCGCGCUGCACGCCGGCUACAACGAGUCGGAGACGCUGUCUCUGUCCACGUACGCCUUCCUCUACGGCUCCAUACCCACCGCGCCCGCUGUCUUCGUCUUCUCCAACUUGUAUCAGUUGGAGCUUGACCUGAUGGCGUCCUCAAUGGUAGUCUGCACGCUCCUCUCCGCCCCCAUGAUGUUUAUGUCUGCUCAACUAAUCUCCAUGAGCAAGGACUUUGCGGCGCAAAUCAAACGCUUCGGCUUCGACGUAUCCAUCGCCGCUCUGGUGGCCGUAGUGUGGGUUUUGAUCGUCUUCGUUGUGACUAAGAAAUAUAAGCGAAUGCCGCAUCGACUUACUAUGUGUCUACUUGCCUCGCAGCUCCUGCUAGCAGUGAGCGUGAUCUGGGGCGGGCCGGAGCUGAGCUACUCGCCGUCGCUGCGCGGCGUGCUACAGCAGGCGCUGCGAGUGUUCAGCAUGCUGUCCUGCCUACUGUGGACCGCCAUGAUCUCUGUGGGCCUGCUCAUGUUGGAGUCGCGCGGUCCUUGCUUCGUGGUGACGCUGUGGCCGGUGCUGAUGUUCGUGGCGUGGGGCGCGCCCGCGGUCAUGGUGGCCGUGCUACUUGUGACUAACGCCGCCACUAAGGAUCUCAAUGGAAGAGCUACGGACGCCAUACGGCUGUGUUCGCUCGUCUUCUGUCUUACAGUGAGCGCGGGCUGCCUGAUAGUGUACAUGCGGUUCCGGCGGCGCAGCGCGCGCUUCGCGUCGCUCUCGGCCGAGGUGUCCCACGGGGAGACUGACACACUGGUCGAGAACGCUGAGGGCAUCUCUGAUGGGCCUUCGCCGCAGAAUGGACUUGGUUGCUACGGCACAAUAACGACCACGCCGUCGCCGAACCGCAGCGUCAAUGGCACUGCCAACGGAUGCUGCUCCAACAACCCCAGUUGCGAGACGGAGCUCGGCAGCCACUCGCCGGAUAUAGAGGAUAUUGCCGGGGCUAAGCCCGACUGCGCCUGCCCUCCAUCCCAGAUGUCCCGGUGCUCGGGCCAAGGCGCUUGCACCUACCUCGACGAGUUAGACCGCGCGGCGGGUUCACUGGGCCUGUUGCCGCCCGAGCAGAGCCGAGGCCGCGGCCGCCAGAUGCUCAAGCACACCGUGCUCGUCAUCGUGUAUAGCUUGAGCAUGUUUAUUGGCAUAACCUACACAACAUGGAGCAUGAUGAACAAGGAUGAAACAGGCAUAUACGUGGAGAUAGAGUUCGUGGACGUGGCCGCCAACUACGGACAAGGGUUGCUGAUGCUCAUCCUCUUUGGUCUGAACCCCGACGAGUUCCUCAUACCGGCGCUGGCCAUGCUGAAGAAGAAAUGGUUUGGAGCAGAGACUGUGGUUCUGCCUGAAAUUGAAGAUCUGAGCUUUGAAACUAAACAUGUUUGUGAUCAGUUCAUAACGCACCACCUGGAACGCUGCAAGGAUGCUAUCUCAAAGGACACAAGAUGGCGCAUGAGGACCUACAAGGGGGUGUUCCGCGGCUCCUGUCUCGUGCGCUGGCUCAUCAGCUGUGGACUGGCCAAGGACGAGCAAGAGGCAAUAGUCUACGGACGACACCUGCUCGACGGAAGACUCAUCGCGCAUGUCAACAACGCUCACCACUUCACUAACACACCCCUGUUGUACACGUUUAAGUAGAGCAUCUUACGUAUCAUAAUAUAGCUUUUUAUGGGAGACUACGGCUUGAAGACAUUUUGAAGGAAUACUUAGGUUUUGGAGAAGCAGAGAAGUAAAGGCUUUUUGUGUCGGUUGUAAUGAAGCAUUAAUUAAACACGCAAAAGUUAUCAUAACGGUUUAUGGAAAUCGAUCGAACCAGUUGAGACAGGGAUGUACUUACAUAAUAAUAAGAACUGAUUUUUUUGUUAAAAUUAUCAUUAUUAUUUUUAAUAGUCAUACAAAAUAAUAAGUGGCUCUUGUAACUUUUAUCUAUGUUUAUCUCAAAUUAUAUCAAUCUCGUACUGCAGUCGCUAUAGCUUGCCUAGUUGUAAUAGGCUUCGUGUGUUUAUAGUAGUAUAAUUUAGGGGAAAAAACUAAAAAUAUCUUAUAUUGUGUGAUAUUUACGAGGACCAUAGAAUCAAAGUUAGUUUUAUGCAAGUUUUGUUAUAAUAUUAGUUAGCUUAUAAUUGCCAGCUUGUCAUUACAUCUAAUUCGCUCGAUUAACUCGGAUAACAUACUUACUUAUGAUAAAGAAUACUUGUAACAAAUUACACUGCAUCUGUAUUAGUUUGUAGAUAUAGGCCGCGUUAAUUAAGAAACUAAUCUAAAAUGGCAAGCGUCAUAUAAGUGGUGGCUGGAGUAUUGAUAGAGCUACAGUAACAAUGAGAAGUAGGAUGGGUCUGUCCGCCAUUUAAGAUUCGAUUUAUAUCGACGCGGCUUUUAUCUAUAGAAAAGUAUUGUAUACUGUUCCAAAAACAUUUAUAUUUAUGUGAAUUAUAGGAAUGGUGGUACAAUGAAUAUUAAUUUGUAUCAUGGAUAUGCAUAGUGUCCGAGUGAUGGGUGCUUUUUGUAGCUACUUAUGUAGUUAAUCAAUAUCUCAAUAGUAAUAGCAUCAUGAUUGUAAUAUGUAGGUAUACCAAAGGUAUAAUUCUAUUUAUUGAUAUGAAAAUUAUGUACAAUUUUAAAUAUGUAUCUAUAGCAUUAUUAAUUAAUUUAUUAUAUUUUUAGAUUUUAAACUCAUAAUGUCCAUGACCACUACGAGGAAAUCACUACUAAUAAUCGUUAUAGAAGAUUACAUUUUAUGAUCUCAUUUUAAUGGCAAAAGAUCUUACGCCUCAUAUUUGUAAUAAUGUACUUAUAAGUUUUAGCGAAACAAGAUAUUUUGUUAA